AAAAAAAAAUAUUAAUUAGAUAUGGCCACUAUAGCAUCUUGUUGGAAACAACUUAGCGGUGAGAACAAGUGGGAUGAUCUAUUCCACCCUCUUGAUCUUAACCUCCGCCGCUAUAUUAUUCACUACCUCCAAAGGGCCGGAGCUGCCGGUGAUGCAUUCAACGGUACCAAGGCAUCAAAGGGUUACGCCCUUAGCCUAUACCAACCCGAGGAGUAUUUCGACAAGGUUGGUCUUGAAAAGGGGAACCCAUACCAUUACAAAGUCACCAACUUCAUAUAUGCCGCCACAGGUGAUGAGAAAGCGGCAUAUAUUGCAUACGUGGCGGUGGCCACGGACGAGGGGAAGGCGGCUCUGGGAAGGAGGGAUAUUCUGGUUUCAUGGAGAGGAACCAUGACAUCGGAAGAAUGGGCUUCCGAUGCUAAUCUUAUUCAAACAUCGGCCAAAGAUUUGUUCGGAACUGACUUGGUUCAGGUGCACGCUGGGUUCCACGGCAUCUAUACAAAGUCGAUAGCAAGUAAUCCUUACGCUAAGACCAGCGCCAGGCAACAGGUAAAUAAAGCGGUGCGGGCACUGGUGGACAAGUAUGAGCACGACGAGGAGGUGAGCAUAACGGUAACUGGCCAUAGCCUGGGCGCAGCACUUGCAACCCUAAACGCAAUGGAUAUAGCUCACAAAGGAAUCAACAAGCCGAUGUUUAACCCGUUUAAGGCGUUCAUGGUGACUGCUUUUCCGGUUGCCAGCCCUCGCGUCGGGAACGCGGGCUUCAAAGCGGUUUGCGAUACACUCAGGCAUUUACAUCUCCUGCGCAUCGUGAAUGCCACGGACCCUGUUCCCAAGGUUCCUUAUGCGCCGUUAAUAUACAUGCAUGUGGGAGAAUUGCUAGAGAUUGACACAACAAAGUCACCCCACUUGAAAAGCCCUAAUAAUCCACACAAUCUGGAGAUUUACCAGCAUGGAGUUGCAGGAGUUCAAGAGAACCGGGAGUUCAGAUUGCAAGAGGAACUUCAUUUCGAUAAUGCGAUCGUAAACAAACAUAGCUGUAGUUUAGUGGACGAAUACAAAAUACCAGAUAACUGGUGGACUACGGAGUUGUUCAAGGGCAUGGUUCAGGAGGAAGACGGCCGCUGGAAGUUCAUUGACUCUGCCUAUGUCCCAGAUCCUCCAACUGCUUAGCUUAUAUUAAUUCUAAAUUAA